CUCCGUAUUGCCAUUUACACACAUAUAUAAUUAUAUACAACCAUUAAAACAAGGAAAUUGACACCAGAUGGAUGAUAGAAAGCCCGAUGUGCCGGGCGGUGGCGAAGUGUCUAUCGGUCUGGUGGUGGGGGCGGGGAUCGGAGGCUGCGCCCUCGUGGUUGGAGUUAUUGCCCUUGUUGUAUACUGCUACAUGAAGGCCCGCAGAGAGACUAACAUGAAGAAGACCAAUCAUGUAUUUUCAACAGCAUCAUCCAAAUUCCAGUUUCCGCUUCAUCAAAGAUCCAGAGUAAACCCAUUUCCGGAUCCGAUCGCGUCCCGAAAAAGACACAAAAAGGAGCGAAAGGGUCGAGAUCGGGGUCACGUGAAUCCGGGAUACGCGCGCGGCAGUUCCGAUUCAUCCUCAACAGGAAGUGACGUAGGGGAGAGGGACCUUUCACCGCCUCGUGUGCGAAUGGCGCAAUAUUCUAGUGAUUCCUCUAAUGACGAUUCAUCCGGUGUUGAAGAUGAGGUCCCCGGGGGGUCCCCAGUAUAUAGGAUGGAGAGAGAAACUGACGGGCCAGUCAGGCGGUCUCUCCGAACUAAGACGAUAAACAAUGCUGCUGGUUUCGCUAAUGGCAGACAUAGACAAACAUCCGGUGACAACCAUAGAAUGUCAAGACGUGAUAGUUUUGAAAGAAAUCCAAAAAGUGAUUCUUCACUGACAAUUAAUUCGCUAAAAAGGUACGAGAACAACUUAGGAGGAGGAAGCAUCAAUCGUAGAUCCAACAGCAAUAGUAAAUUAAGAACAAGGGAAAGGUCGUCAUCGUCCAUAACUCACAGCAGCUCCGAUCUUACAGGCGCCUCGUACAUCAGCGGUGAAACCAACUUGACCGACCUCACGUCAGUCUCCAGGUACCAGAAAAACACACGGAGAAGUUCGCCUAGCUCACGUCGGAGGUAUCGCAAAGAUCCUAAUAGAGAUAAGAAGGGUCGUAAACGGCCUCGAAGAAAGCAUGGUUCAAGGGACAGGAAUCUUAGGAAUAAUGAAACACGAUCACGUGGCACAGGAAGUGACGUAAGCUUUGGUUCAGAGGAUUUGAAUAGGAACUACAUCCAUGUGUCAACAGUGUAGUGCAUAUGUUAUGUCAAGAAACGACCAAAAAGAUUCCAUUUAAAUAUCAAUAUUCGCAGACAUACAUUGUAUAUUACCCCUGAUAACACUGUGCUGUGAUCAAUUGAUGAAAAUAAGAACAACAAUGAAUUUAAUAAAUAAAACUGCCCUAUGAAGGCUAUCAAAAUCACGCUUAGACGUAAGAAUUGCCUGAAUUACAACACAUACCUAUGUUCAUAUCAUCCAUGUAA